GCUUCGAAGCGCCAUUCAUCUAUAAAUUGAGACGUCGGGCGAAGGGAAGACGCCGUCAAAGGGGUCUUCUUGAUCCAGCGAGGUCAGGUAUCAGCUCCGGAAUUACCGCUUCGACGCCAUGGCUACCGACGAAACCUUCCUUUUCACCUCCGAGUCUGUGAACGAGGGACACCCUGACAAGCUCUGCGAUCAGAUCUCCGACGCUGUUCUCGAUGCUUGCUUGGAGCAAGACCCCGACAGCAAGGUCGCCUGCGAGACCUGCACCAAGACCAACAUGGUCAUGGUGUUCGGGGAGAUCACCACCAAGGCCAAUGUCGACUACGAGAAGAUCGUCCGCGACACGUGCCGCGUCAUCGGGUUCGUGUCCGACGAGGUCGGCCUGGAUGCCGACCGCUGCAAGGUGCUCGUCAACAUCGAGCAGCAGUCCCCUGACAUCGCCCAGGGCGUGCACGGCCACUUCACCAAGCGCCCCGAGGAGAUCGGCGCGGGCGACCAGGGUCACAUGUUUGGGUACGCCACCGACGAGACUCCGGAGUUCAUGCCCCUCAGCCACGUCCUCGCCACCAAGCUCGGCGCGCGCCUCACCGAGGUGCGCAAGAACGGCCCCUGCCCCUGGCUGAGGCCCGACGGCAAGACCCAGGUGACGGUGGAGUACCGCAACGACCACGGCGCCAUGGUGCCCAUCCGCGUCCACACCAUCCUCAUCUCCACCCAGCACGAUGAGACCGUGACCAACGACGAGAUCGCCGCCGACCUCAAGGAGCACGUCAUCAAGCCCGUCGUCCCCGAGCAGUACCUCGACGAGAAGACCAUCUUCCACCUCAACCCCUCGGGCCGGUUCGUCAUCGGCGGCCCCCACGGCGACGCCGGGCUCACCGGCCGCAAGAUCAUCAUCGACACCUACGGCGGCUGGGGCGCGCACGGCGGCGGCGCCUUCUCCGGCAAGGAUCCCACCAAGGUGGACCGCAGCGGCGCCUACAUCGUGAGGCAGGCGGCCAAGAGCAUCGUCGCCAGUGGGCUCGCCCGCCGCUGCAUCGUGCAGGUCUCGUACGCCAUCGGCGUGCCGGAGCCGCUCUCGGUGUUCGUGGACACCUACGGCACCGGCAAAAUCCCGGACAAGGAGAUCCUGAGCAUUGUGAAGGAGAACUUCGACUUCAGGCCUGGGAUGAUCACCAUCAACCUGGACCUGAAGAGGGGAGGCAGUGGCAGGUUCCUGAAGACUGCGGCCUACGGGCACUUUGGGAGGGACGACCCCGACUUCACUUGGGAGGUGGUGAAGCCCCUCAAGUGGGAGAAGCCCGCCGCCUAGAACCCAGCUCGGCCUUCCUUACUGCUACCCUCCUCUGCUGCUUUGCCCCUUCUCUUUUGUGUCUUCGUUCCUGAGAAUAAAAGUAAUGACGUCUGGUUUGAUUUCCAUGAAUUGAUUAGAACAGAAGCGAAACGAACAGCUUAUUGCUUGUUCUCUACGUUGUAGUCAUCCUUGUUAAUUUUCUCAAGAAAUUUAAGUAUUUUUUUAUUAUAAUUGAUAAAAGUUUAUAAUUUUAUUGACCUA